UUUGUUACUCCGCCCACUGCAAAGAUGGAGGACGAUAUGUCAGAUUUUAGCAGACCUCAGAUGUAUUUAUUUGGUUGUACUCUGAGGUCGGAUAAACGGGAAUUCAAAGUUGACCUAGAUGACGAAGAUACAGAACAACAACUGUCUCUCAAAGCAGUGUGUCUGGGAGCCGAGGCGGAGGACAAGUUCCAUAUGGUGGAAGUGGAAGGGCUUGCAUACGAUGCAAAAAUCGUCAAAGCGCCGAUAGCGGUCCUGAAACCGUCUGUCUUGCCGUCUAUGAAUUUAGGUGGAUUUGAGAUUUCUCCUCCCGUUACCUUCCGUCUUGUUUCUGGUUCUGGUCCGGUUCACAUCAGUGGACAGCAUUUUGUCAGUGUAAAAGAUUCUGAUGAUGAAGAGGAAGAAAACAACACGUCUCCUGUAAAACGGCCUGCAAGCCUUUCCUUAGUAAAGAAGCCUCCGCAGAAAAAAAUAAAAAUGGAUUCUGAUGACGACGAUGAGGAUGAUGAGGAAGAGGACAGUGAUGAAGAUGAUGACGAUGAUGAUGAGAGCGAUGAAGAGGAUGUGAAGCCUCAAAAGAACCUGGCAAAAGCUUUCAAAAAAAGUCCAGAGUCUACGCCUAAAAAAUCCAACAAGAUGCCUGUGAAGCAAAAUGGACCUGCAGAAAAAUCCUCCGCAUCUGCAGCAAAACCCCAGAAUAAGACUCCUGGAAAAGACAAACCCCAGGCCGGUCCUUCUAAAACUUUAACUCUGCCUGAAAUUAAGAACAAGUUAUCAUCAGCAGCCAAGGAGGGGAAGCCACUACCGAAGACGGAGCAGAAGUUUGAGAAUUUCGUAAGGACAUCUUACAAAGUCACCGACAAAAAGGUGGUCAAGGAUCUUUGGAGUUUUUUGCAAACACUGAAGACUGAGAAGAAGUAACGGGAGGGAUUUGUAGGUUUUCCUUUGAGACGUUUAAAGGCACAGUCUGCAAUGUUUCCUACUUAGCCUCAGAUAAAGACUGCAGUCUGUGGGGAUUGCAAAUUCUCAGUAAAGAUGAAGAGUAUUUCCAUAUGUUUUGAUUUUUUUUGGAUUCAAAGCACCCAUCAAGUUAUUCUUCUGAUUAAUUUUUUGAAGUUUUACAUAAUUUAUCACGUUUAUUAGCUAUUCUAUAAAUGAAUAAGGCCCUGUUCCAUCUGAAAACAAAUGUGGCUCUUAUCAGUUUUAUAUAUUUUUAAAGUCAUAUUUAAGCCUCCUCCAGAUGUGAUUCUGAGUCAGACUUUUUUUUUUUUUUUUUUUUUCAUUGACUCCAGUGAGAAAAAAGCAAAGCGCAUUUGAUACGACUUUAACAUCACCAUCCAUCAGUUUGUCACAACUUGACAUGAGCAGCACCCAGAAGUGAUAGCAGUUAGCAUGGUGGACGGCAGCUGAGACUGCACCGCUCAGUGGGAGGGCAGCCAGAUGUUGGGCCUCUAGUAGAUGGAGUGGGCCAGAUUGGAAGGUACAGGUUGUACAGAUUAAUGUACAUGCUGCAAAAAGAGGACUGCAUGAGGCGGUUACCCAGCAUCUGGUAAUCUGCUCCAAUACAUUGGAUUGCAAUUUAUGCCUUGGCUUAAGAGUGGAGAAGAAAGAUGCUAAGCACCCCCUCAGACACAAUAGAUGGUUUUCUUUUGAUUCUUAAAACUUCUUCCAUGUUUCCUGGACCUAAACAUGCUUGGUGUGUCGACACCUGUUCCUGUUCUUUUACGAAUGCUGGUUAGUUUGGAAACACUAACCGUGUUAAAAGUAAUGUGAAUAACCGUCAUAAAUGAGAAUCAAGACAUGCAGUGAGAACUAAGUCUUAGUGAUGAUAUAAAUAAUAAUACAUAAAGGGAGCUAAGCUAUAUAUCUGUGAAGAUUCUCAGUCACCUAGGUCAUAGUCAAGCUUGAAAAAGCUACGUUUAGGCAACUGGAUUGAAGUUUCCUAGAAGACGUUUCGCCUCUCAUCCAAGAGGCUUCUUCAGUUCUAACUAGUGGAGGGGAGCACUGAGAUUAAUACACUGAGAGCUAAGCUGAAGGACCCAGCAAGUAUGAACCAUCUUCUACAAUUCUGUGCUGUAAAUGAGCGCAGCAAUGUGUUUUCUUACAAGCAGCAGGUGUAAAACAGCUUGGUUUGGGUGCUUUGGACCUCCUGACACUAUGCGUCCGUCUUUAAUAAAAGAUGCAAAAGGAAAAAUUGGACAUUGUGCCUUUUAAAUGCUUCAUUUUCAGCUAGAUUGAAAUCUAAAGUAGUAUUUGAACCUGUUAAAGCAAAGAAAGUUUGAUCCUUUUCUGUCGUUACUCGCUGACAUUUAUUUUUUGUUUGUUUCUGUUCAUUUUAUAUGCUUUUUAUUGUAAAGAUACUAUGUUUGUUAGUAUGCUUUCCUACAAAAAUACUGUACCACCUUUUAUCUGUAAAAGGUAUUUGUUCAGUUAAAACAAAGCCCACCGUUUUCUU